AUGAUUUAUGGUGGAAUGCGUACCAUGAAGGGAAUGGUCACUGAAACUUCAGUACUUGAUCCUGAAGAAGGUAUUCGAUUUCGUGGAUACUCAAUUCCGGAAUGCCAGAAGAUGCUACCGAAAGCACCUGGAGGUGAAGAACCUAUCCCUGAAGGAAUAUGGUGGCUUCUCUGCACUGGCGACAUUCCAAAUGAGAAACAGACGUCCGCUAUCACAAAGGAAUGGAAUGCUCGCGCUGAUCUCCCAGCCCACGUAGCUCGCAUGCUAGACAACUUCCCUGACAAUCUCCAUCCAAUGGCUCAGUUUGUGGCAGCAAUUGCCGCUUUAAACAAUGAGAGCAAAUUCGCGGCCGCUUAUGCUCGCGGUGUUCCUAAGAGCAGCUAUUGGGAGUAUGCUUAUGAGGACUCAAUGGAUCUCCUUGCAAAACUGCCUACUGUUGCUGCAAUUAUUUACCGCAAUCUUUAUCGGGAUGGAUCAGCUGUGGGCGUGAUCGACCCCAAGAAGGACUGGUCCGCCAACUUCUGCUCGAUGUUGGGAUAUGAUGACCCUCUUUUCUGUGAGUUAAUGAGACUCUACCUCGUCAUUCACUCUGACCACGAGGGUGGCAAUGUCUCUGCACACACCUCUCAUCUCGUUGGUUCCGCUCUUUCGGAUCCUUACCUCUCGUUCUCUGCUGCAAUGGCAGGUCUCGCUGGCCCAUUGCACGGGCUUGCUAAUCAGGAGGUCCUGGUGUUCCUCAACAAAAUUGUUAGCGAGCUUGGAUUUAACUACACGGAAGAGCAGUUGAAGGAGUGGGUGUGGAAGCACUUGAAGAGUGGACAGGUCGUUCCUGGAUACGGUCAUGCUGUGCUGCGCAAGACCGAUCCUCGUUAUGAAUGCCAGCGUCAGUUCGCUCUGAAACAUCUUCCCAAGGAUGACUUAUUCAAACUUGUGUCAACUCUCUACAAGAUCACUCCCGAUAUUUUGCUUGCCCAGGGCAAGGCGAAGAACCCAUGGCCAAAUGUGGACGCUCACUCUGGUGUGCUGCUGCAAUACUUUGGCAUGAAUGAAAUGUCAUUCUAUACAGUUUUGUUCGGAGUGUCUCGUGCUCUUGGUUGUCUCUCUCAGCUGAUUUGGUCACGUGGAAUGGGUCUGCCACUGGAGAGACCGAAGUCCCAUUCAACGGAAGGACUUAAGAAACUUGCAGCUGCAGCCAAAAAGUAG